CCGUCUCCCUCCUAGCUCGCCUUCUUUUGGUUGUCAAUGGCGGCAACAAUCCAUGUACGCCGCUGCGCCCUCCUUCGCAGCUCUCCCUCCGUCAUACACUCCGGCCGCCCUCUUUCCUCUCCGAAGCCAUUUCACAGCUCUCGCCUCCUCGCUUCGGUGGGUGCUCCGCUCCCGUCGGCCCAGCCCCCUUUCCAAUCCAACCGCUUCUUUUCCGCUAGUUCAGCUGGGGAGCAUUCCCAGCUCUGGGGAACCGGCCAGUCGACGACAGCAAGGAGUGAGCACGAUGGUUGCACCAGCUCAGGGCUUAGUGAUGCUGCUCAGGAUGUUUUGAGCAGCGUCGCUGAUGACGGACCAAUUCUUCCGGUGAACGUCCUGAUAUCGCUUCUCGAUCGUUGCCAUGAUCUCUCAGGCUUGCCCUGGUGGGUGGUGAUUGCAUCCUCCACCAUGGCGAUGAGGAUUGCUCUGCUCCCUGUGCUUGUCAUUCAACUAAGAAAACUGAAGAGAAUCGCCGAGUUAACGCCAAAAUUGCCUCCACCUCUGCCGCCGCCUUUCUCAGGAAGGAGUUACUUGGACCACAUUAUUCUUUUCCAGAGGGAGCGGCGAGCUUCUGGGUGCCCCUCGUUGCUGUGGAUGCUUUCAUCCUUUUCUGUACAGGUCCCAUGCUUUCUUUUAUGGGUAGCUACAAUCCGAAAGAUGUCAUUGGACAAUCAUACUGGAUUUGAUAGUGGUGGAAUAUUGUGGUUUCAAAAUUUGACGGAGAAUCCUCGUAGUGUUUUGGGUUCCAUGUUUCCAUUGCUGAUUGGAGUUUUGCAUUAUACGAAUGUACAGAUUUCCUUUUCAAGACUGCUGGCUCGUGAAAAUCCUUAUCUCAUUGACUUACUUGCAAAAGCCUACAAGAAGUAUUUGGAUUUGAUAACAUUCCCAAUCAUAUGUAUUGGUUUCUGCAUACCCCAGGGAUCUUUAGUCUAUUGGGUAACCAAUGCAACAGUAAGUGUUGUCCAGCAAAUAUCUCUCAGGCAUCCCACAAUUCAAAUGAAGCUGGGUUUGCCAAAGGAGGAUAUUCUUCCCGAAAGGGAUCCAUACUCUGACCAGAUGGUGACAUCUGAAAUAACCUUUCUAGGUUCAGAAACAACGCAAAAAGAAACUUCUGAACAGGAUUUGUCUCCCAGGGAGUUGCUUGCUCUAUCACUAAAACUAACAUCUGAAGGGAACCGAGAUCGAGCAAUUUCAUUGCUAAAAAUGGCACUUAAAAACGACCCUGACUAUAUUACAGCAAUGAUCAUUCUGGGACAGACUCUGUUGCAAAGAGAGGAGCCAGAAGAAGCUGCCCUAUAUUUAGAGGGUGCUAUUUCCAAGUUAUUUCGUGUUAGCUAUCUAACGGAAGCUGAGUAUCUAUAUCUUUUAAUGGUUGCAUCUCAAUGGGCAGGCGUCGCUUAUAUACAGCAGUCUAAGUACGCUCAAGGAAUAAUACAUCUUGAAAGAAUUGCAUUGUUGAAGGAGCCCAAGGAACCGAAGAGCAAAGCCGAUUAUUAUGAAGGGUUGGUGUUGCUGGCAAGUGCCUUGUUCAAAGAAGGUCGUAGGGCUGAAGCUGCAAAGUAUCUGCGACGAGCUGCAGCUUACGAUUCUCGUUAUGAUCAACUGCUAGAACAAUGUGAGAAGGAAACUCAGAACUUUGUCAGGGAUCUCGUUAACAGCAGGAGAGGGGACUACUGAAUGGAUAGUCUUCCAAGGGCAGCUCUGCACGUCCGAUGUAACAAUAAAGACCAAAUCAAGCAGGCGUUCCUGGGAGGUUAGAGGUGAGACUGUAAAUAUGAUUACUGUGGAUAGUUCUCUACUGUAAUUAAGUAGAUCUUUUCCUUGGCGUGGCUGGGCCAUCCUGGACUUGAACCAGAGACCUCACCCUUGAAGUAAAUCACCGCACCUAUGGUCCAACCAAUUGGGAGAGAAUCAAUAGAUUCCUUUUCGGGAGCUAUUCAUCCUUCCCAAACGCAGCAUACAACUCUUGGUUGCACUGCGCUCUCCAAGUUAAUUCUUUUGAAUAACCAGUUACACUAAAGGAUGUGGUCAAUAUGGCUAGAACCACACCUGUAACCCACGUUAAUUCAAGAGGUUUUUUAAAACUGCGGGUCAGGUUAGAUAAAAUUGAAGUUCUUGUCAUUAGUCCCAAAGAUUUCAAAUUAUGUAAAUCUAUAUUUGUUACCAAAAUAUUGAAAAAAAAAGGAAAUAAAGGAUGCUUGGGAAAUUGUGGCUUUAAAUGUCA